AUGGAUGUAGAUGAGGAUGACCCAAUGGACAAAAUGCGAAAGGUGUAUCUUACGAAGCUAUCGAAGUUGAGGGUGAAUAACGGAAUCGAAGGCGAUGUCAAUGUGAACCUGAGGGCUCUCAAGCAACAGAUUCCGUCAGAUCUGUGCAAGUCGUGCGCUGCGAGGAGGUUUCAGUUUCUCUUCUCGAAGAAAAGGUAGGGGAGAGCUAUCUUGUCUGGCCGGGGAAAGUAGCACAAUGGAAACUACCACUUUCGUUUUUGUUUAGGGUUACAAUCCAAUGUGACGCUUGCAAAUCAAAACUGGACUCCAUUCGUUUGAAGAGAAAGACGGGGAACGAUUCGAAGCAAAAAAAGAUCACACUUGAUAAGAAUUCUCCUUUCGUGCCUUCCGAGAAACCGGCUCAACCUUCUCCUUUUCUUUCAAUGGAUAAAAGAACAAACAAAUCUAAAAACCGAGGGAAUAAACUGCGAAAGUUAGCGGGAUUUGACGACGGCAAGGGGCCCUUAACUCCAGAUUCCUCUCUCCUUUCAUUCAUCAAUUCUUUGAAGUGA